AUGCUCACCGAACAAUUCGUCGCCGCCAUCUCGGCAUCGACAAAGCCCAACACGGGAGUCACAAAAGACGCGGGCAUUUUCAUACAUGAGUUCCAGCCACUUGUCGCCCAGAGACAUGCUUUCAAGAAGAGCGCGAGUGCGCCAAACGGCAUAGCUGUGAGCGCCUCACAUGUCUUCGCUGCGCAGUCGGACAAGGCCAUUGUACAUGUGUAUAGCAGGGAGAGGGGCAACCAAGAAGCCCUGGUGCCCUUCCCAGAGAGAAUUCACAGCAUCGCACUCGCAGCGCAGGACAGCGUGCUACUGCUUGGAACCGAGAGCGGGCGGAUAUUGGCUUGGGAGGUCUGCUCAGGCCGUCUCGUCUCUACGUCCACUUCCCACCUCCAGCCAGUCACGAGCAUGGUAGUCGACCCAUCCGACAACUUCUUCCUCUCCGGCUCCUCCGAUGCUAUGAUCCACGUAUGGGCACUUCCCGCCAUACUAUCCUUCUCCCCCGAUGCCUCGCGCUCGCCAAUACACACCCUCUCUACCCACCGCGGGCCCAUAUCCUCCAUUGUCUGCGGCCACAGCUCGAGCGCUGCCAACAUUGCCGUAUCAAUAUCAGGGGACAAGUCGGCCAUAGUUUGGGACUACCACAACGGACAAGCACUAAGGACCUAUUUGCUGCCCGAGAUACCUACUGCUGUCACUCUCGACCCUGCAGACCGCGCAUUCUACGUAGCCUAUGCUGAUGGCAGCUUGCAAACCAUUGACUUAUACGACCAAGUGCAGAAGACUACUUCGAUAGACGUCCUUCGGGACAGCGCCUCGUCUCAUCGACCGAUACAACCAUCACCCAAGAGCCGCUUCAGUGCAGAGUCGCAGAAGCUCGGCGGAGCCCUCGCUCUGACUCUUAGCUGGGAUGGUACUUCACUCAUCUCGGGCCAUGCCAGUGGUAAGGUAGCACUUUGGGAUGUCGCAAAGGCAAACUAUCUUUCUACUCCCGCCAAUCUUCCCGGUCCCGUUUCAAACCUUCGAUUUCUCCCACCUACUGGCUUCCCUAACACAGCGGAACCCACCUUCAAGAUUCCAACAAUUGUCAAGCCAAAGCAGGAUGCAGGACUCACGAGCAGCGCAAAUGGCCUGGUUCCGCCAAAUUAUACCCUGAACCUCCAGCUAAACGGUCGGUUGCGCAGUCCCCACGUUUCUGCUACUGAGAAGAAACUGGUAGGAAGAAGUGCAUUUGAAGAGGCUCUUGUACACCCAAGUUUCCCCGCCGGCAUGCUGGAAGAGAGCUUGGCUGAGCUAGACUCAUGGGCUACUCAGCCAAAGGGUGGUGCCGCCCCAACGGCUGACUUUAUGGCACUAGAUGAUGGUAGCAUGAACGCGUCUGAUGCAUCGGGCAAGGCUCAGCAGACCGAAGUCAACGAACUGAAGAAACAGCUGGCGAGCUUACAACGCAUCCAAAUGGUUACUUUCUCACAACUUUCAGAGCUGCGGGAAGAGAAGGACUAUUUUAUAAGCCAGGAAAAGAAGAGGGCAGAGCGUGCCAAAGCACGAGCGAAAAAGAGACUCACUAACGGCGGAAACCGCAACCACACCAAUGGGGACGUGGAGAUGAAUGAAGGCACAGACGCCACUUCAGGUUCUGAUUCAGAUGGAAUCGAUGCUGCCGACGAAUCCUGA